AGAGCAGUGCAGACCUCUCUUUUCUUCUCUCCUCUUUCCAGAUCGUGCCCACUGCAUGGCAGAGGGCUUGGAGGCAGACAUACUUGAGCUAGGCGCGUGCACGUGUGACAAGAGUUUAUCGGCGCACUUUACUUCGGCUCUGCUCACUCGCACUCCGCCGGCGCCGAGUGUAUUCGAUCUCCCACACCCUCCUCCUUCUUCCUCUCCCGGGAUGCGCCUCUGCUUUGAUAUCUCCGGCAACGAGUAUUUUUUUUUAAUGUGAGAAGCUCACAGCCGCCAUGCUGGGAAAAGCCUGCCGCGUGACGGUUUCGCAGCGCCUCAAGCACUAGAGUAGAUCCUAAGGGACUUCGCGCCCUGCCUGCGUUCGGAAGGGUUUUCGGUAGCUGACACAACAUUCAAAAAAAGAACAUCUGUUUAUUUUCUUCAAAGUCUGCAGCAAGUAACAGAUGGUGCUACGGCUCAUUUUGACAUAACUCCUGCUUGUACUUGUCAUCAACAGAGUGACUGCUCCUUUUAGUCAUCUUAAGAAGAAUCUUGCAACAAAAAAAAAGUUUCAGCUCUUCUGAAGUAAUGACGCUGAGAGGAAACUUAACUGUUUCUCAGAUACCAGAAUCCAAUAUGGCCCUAACCAUUUUUGGCAUAUUCUUGGGAUUAUUUCUUGAAGUUUCUACAAAUGGACCUUAUGGAGUUCCAAGGUCUUCAUGGAAAAAUCAUGAGGUUAGUUUGACAGAGUUUAUUGAACCAGGAGUUUUUAAUUAUUCAACUUUGUUGCUAAAUGAAGAAAAGAAAAUAUUGUAUGUGGGAGCAAGAGAAGCAAUCUUUGAGCUAAACUUGGAAAAUAUUGCUGUCAGAAAUAAACAGGUAUUGUGGAAAGUACCUGAAGGUAAACGAAAGGAGUGUGAAUUAAAGGGAAAAUCUAAAGAGACUGAAUGCCUUAAUUACAUUCGGGUCCUUCAGAUGCAGAAUACUAGUCAUCUAUUUGUCUGUGGGACACAUGCAUUUCAGCCAUCAUGCGAUUAUUUGUCAAUUCAAGAUUUCAAAUUAGAAAAUAGGACUGAAGAUGGACGAGGAAAGUGUUCAUUUGAUCCAGCCCAAAGCUUCACAUCUGUAAUGGUUGAUGGUGAUCUUUACUCUGGAACUGUGUACAAUUUCUUAGGAAGUGAGCCCAUUAUCUACAGGAGCUCAACACAGGCUUCACUGAGGACAGAAUAUUCCAUAUCUUGGCUUAAUGAACCUAGCUUUGUGCAUGCAGAUGUGAUCAGAGAGAGCAAAGACAGUGCUGAUGGUGAUGAUGAUAAAGUCUACUUUUUCUUUACUGAAGUUUCUGUUGAAUAUGAAUUCUUUGUUAAGUUGUCCAUUCCACGGAUAGCUCGGGUCUGUAAGGGUGACUUGGGAGGACAAAGGACCUUGCAGAAGAAGUGGACAUCUUUCUUGAAAGCCAAACUUGUAUGCUCAAUGCCACAAUUAAACUUUGUGUUUAAUAUUGUUCGUGAUGUUUUUAUUUUAAAAACUUCAGAAUGGAAAAAUACAGUCAUUUAUGGUCUUUUUACUUCUCAAUGGGGUAAUGUUGGAUUUUCUGCAGUAUGUGCCUACAAGAUAUCUACCGUGAAUGAGGUUUUCGCUAAAGGGAAGUACAUGGAAAAAGCCAUCGUUGAGCACUCUCAGACAAAGUGGGUUAGAUACAAUGGUGUACCUCCAAGUCCUCGUCCUGGAGGGUGUAUAACUAACAAAGAAAGACAGCAGAAUGUCACAAGUUCCUUACAUCUGCCAGACAAAACUUUGCAAUUUGUCAAGGAUCAUCCACUGAUGGACGACGCAGUAUUGCCAACAGGACACCGGCCUCAACUUGUUAUGAAAGAUGUAAAUUACACACAAAUUGUUGUUGAUCAGAUCCAAGCACUAGACAACAAUACCUAUGAUAUUAUAUUCACAAGCACAGAUAAAGGAAUUUUACACAAAACAGUCAUUAUUGCUAAUGAUGUUCAUAUAAUUGAAGAAAUUCAACUGUUGCCCCAUCCAGAACCUAUUAAGACAUUGCUUUUAUCCUCUGGGCAGAGAAGGUUCCUGUACGCAGGCUCAGAUGGAAGGGUUAUCCAGUCACCUACAGCUUUCUGUGAAAAGUAUAAAUCUUGUGUAAAUUGCAUUUUAGCAAGGGAUCCAUACUGUGCUUGGAGUUCAGAAGAUAACACCUGUGUCAAUCAAGUAACCAGCAGAAGUAAAAGGGGUCUGCUUCAGAUGUUAAAUGGAGAUGCCAGUGUCUGCCCAUCAGUAAACUACGAUGUCAAGUACCAGGCUAUUGUUGUACAACAUGGCACAGCCAUCCGACUAUUGUGCCAGCUGAAUUCCAACCUUGCCAAUGUAGUUUGGAAGAAGAAUGACAUACCUCUGACUCCUGAUCCCCCCAAAUAUGAAAUUGUUGGAGACAGUGAUCUACUGAUUUUUAAUAUCUCAGAGCAUGACCAGGGCAACUAUAGUUGUUUUUCAGUGGAGCAAGUUCAAAACAGUGACUUUAAACAGUUGGUGGCGGCAUAUAUUUUAAGUUUACCCAGAGAACCAGUCCUUCCUACAUCUACCACUCCUAAUCUUGAGAUCAAAACUGAAGGUAAUGCCAGUACAGCAGAGCUCACACUAACUACAGCAGUUCAGAGCUUUACUACUUCCACCACAUUACCUGCUCAAACUGAAUUUACACUAACCCUAUCUUCAAGUGCCACAGCAGACCCACAUUCGAUGCUUUCUACUGCCAGCUCAGAGAUUUCUAACCUUGAUGUCAAAGAUCCUUCAGCUCAGCCUAUAAAGUUCAAUAAUAACAAUGCCCUCCUGUAUCUUUUCUUGCUGUUCUUCUUUUUGUUCCUGAUUUUAUUUGUAUAUAAUUGCCACAUGCAAUAUCUUCCACUACCUUGCCUAAAAUUGAGAUCUAUCAUUUUGGGAACUAAAAAACAACCACAGCCCGAGUACAUGGCCUGUGAAGCAGGUUUGAUGGAGCCAAUGGUGGAGAAGGCUGAGCUUACUGAAACACAAAGCCCAAAUGGGCACCAGCAGAAGGGUUUGCGUGACACAGGCUAUGAAACUGAGCCAGAGUAUGUCAAUGGCAAAAUCCCUGCAACUGAAGAAUCUGAAGAAUCUGGCUUAAGUGUAGAGAAGCCAUUUGAUGUAAUUUGUGAAUCUCAGCCCAUUGAAUAUGCUGAUGCUGAUGCUCCUUGCUGAUAAACGCUACGCUUGCCUGCUUGAUGGAGCUGUUUUUGAUCUUUUUUUCCUUCAUUCAUAUUUGUUGCAUUCUCUUUUGCUUCAGAUCACAUUUGUAAAUUUCAUCUUGGGGCAAUGGAGAAGUUGUCUAAAGCAUGUUUUUUUUUUUUUCUUCUUCUACUAAAUCAUGUUUUAAUCAGCUAUUUAGUCUCUGUGGAAAGUCUACACAUCCUUUCAAAACUUGCAUAUGUUUGGCUGAAUAUAUUUAAAUCAUUAAACAUAAAAUGAGAGUCUGAAUAACUGUCAUAUUUAACAAAAUUUUCAGGAAACCAUAAAAAUGUUUUAAGUAACUGUGCACACCCCAGUGAUUUUACAUUUUAGAAGAAACAUUUGCUUGAACUGCAACCAUAAUUCUGUUUUGGCAUGUCCACAAAAUUAUUCCUUGCCCCUUACACUUGCUAUGGUAACACAUAUAUUUGAUAGUGUUUGGACAUUGCUGUUUUAGUGGAGUAAGCUCACUUAAGGAAUGUUGAUGAACCUCAUCCUUCAAGUCAUUUGACAAAUUUAGAUUUAGGGCAAAACAAAAUCUUACUCAGUCACUCUUUUCCUUUGAGUGUAAUGUCAUUGUGAUCAUCUGAAAAGAAUAUUUGGUUUUUUUUUGCGGUAAACAGUGACUGCAAGAGGACUCCACUUAUCCUGCAGUUAUAUGAGACCUAAUUUAUUGUAUUCAGAUUUACAGGGUGUGCACACUAUUGUGGACCAUUUGUAUACAUUAUAUCACAUUUUCAACAAAUUUUUACAUUUUAGAGUGUGUUUUUACUUUUAUUAGGUUAUAACACCAGAGUAUAUGCAGAUUGGGAAAUGAUGUGGAGACUUUGUAUAAGCACCAUUAUUAACAGCAAGAAAUUUGUAAAUUACAAUGCAUUUCAUAACCUGAGGCUUCUACAACCUGCAUUAGAGUCAGCAAUAUUGAUUAUUAUUGUAUCAGUUUAAAUUCCAGAUUGGAAAAUUAGUUUAUCAAAUUGGUAAGUAUGUUAAUGUUAUCCAAAUUGGAGUACACAAUAUCUGAUGUUAAUAUUUGUAAACUAUUAGCUUUGUUGUUGUGCAUCUCAAUGUAUGUAGUGCUUUGUUUCAUGUGGGUUGAGUGUGAAAUAUCUUUUUUAUUAAAUAUUCUCAGGGA